GUAAACAGCGCAAGCUCUUUAAAUACGUCGAAGUUUGAAUUAGCUCAAACGGACAUGUUGUAGUCGUACUACUGACAUUGUUUAGGUUGCAGCUAAACCCUAAUAAUGUCUAAAGUUCAUUGCUUGAGAGAAUUUGUCAACAAGAGACUGACUGCUGCUGCUGAAGAAAUAUUAGGAGUUUUUGAAAGAACUAUCGUUGAGUACGAGGAAGAGAUUGAUCGUCAGCGCAGACUGUUGAACAUCUUACCCACAAUAAAGUCACACAGGAUAGAGCUCCCUCAGCAACAUGUCUGUAAGGAGGAGGAGGUUCUCUCUGAGCAGCAGCUCUGCAUUCAGGAGAAAAACUACAGUGUGAACCAAGAGGACCCAGAGCCUCCACAGAUUAAAGAGGAGCUGUGCAGCAGUGAGGAGCAGCUUGUACUGAAGCAGGAGACUGAUGACUUUAUGUUGACUCCGACUUAUAUGGAAAGUGAUCACAGUGAAGAUCAGACUCUGAACCUGAGCAUCAGUGACACUCAGAGUCAAGGCGAGGAAAAUCCUCCUGGGCAGUUUCCACUUCAAUGCUAUGAAGCAUCAGAAGAAGGGAUUGUAUACACAAACAGGGACCACCAGCUCCUCUCUCACAACUCUCCACUAGCUGAGAGCCAAGAUCAGAAAGUUAGCAAGCAUGGAGACUCAGGAUCAACUCACGCAGAGCCAGAAGUAAACCAGAGAGAUAACAUUAUUCAAAGUCCAAGCUACAAUGUUAACAGCACUACUAAGUCAACAUUUCAUAAAUUAAAAUGUGAGAUAUGUGACAAAGGUUUUAAGUGCAAGUCUAAAUUGCAGAGUCACAUGAGAAUCCACACAGGUGAGAAGCCCUAUUCUUGCGAAAUAUGUGGGAAAGACUUCAGACGUAAUGGUCACUUAACCCUCCACCUGAGAGUCCACUCAGGUGAGAAGCCAUAUUCUUGCAAAAUAUGUGGGAAAGACUUCAUACGUCAAUAUAACUUAACCCUCCACCUGAGAGUCCACUCAGGUGAGAAGCCGUACCUUUGCAAUACUUGCGGAAAUAGAUUUAGUGACAGUUCAACGCUGAAAAAGCAUUUAAGAAUCCACACGGAUGAGAAGUCGUGUAUUUGCACAACAUGUGGGAGUGCUUUCAGACACAGCAGUGGUUUAUUAAGACACAAUAAAAAAGUCCACACUCUACUCACACCUGAGGAUCAAUAUACACAGGAGAAACCAUCGACAUCUAUGAACAACUAUGUGACAUUUAUGCUGCUGAAUACCCGCUCCCUCAACAACAAAGCACUACUCAUCCACGACAUUAUAACUGACAGAAGCAUUGACAUCCUAUGCUUAACAGAGACAUGGCAAAAUCAGCAGGACUUUGUGACACUCAAUCAAGCUACACCCCCAGGCUAUCUGUACAUCCAGAAGCCCCGCUCCCUGGGUCGUGGCGGUGGAUUGGCUGUUAUCCACCGAGCUGGCAUCCUGGUUAAAGAACUCCCAGUACCUACUACCACCUCAUUUGAGUGUGUUGUCUUCAAACUGGCUGGGUCUGCUCCGCUCCAGGUUGCCCUCAUUUACCGCCCACCCAAAGCUUCCACUACCUUCCUGUCUGAGCUGUCUGAGUUACUCACCUCUCUCUGCUCUAUGUCUCCAUCAACUCUCCUGCUCGGUGAUUUUAACAUUCACGUGGACUCCAGUAACUGCACAUUCGCUGCUGAAUUCCUCUCACUUCUGGACUGCUUCAGCAUCAAGCAACAUGUCCAGGGCCCCACCCACAUCAAAGGCCACACGCUGGACCUGGUGUGCUCUACCGGCUCUCCGCCCCCCGACCUACAGCGCCUCGACCUGGCUGUAUCUGACCAUCACGCCAUCCUCUUCACUGUUCCGGUCUCCCUGCCCAGGCAGCAUCCUAAACGCACCAUUAUGUUUAGGAACAUCAAUACUGUGAGUGCACCGGCCCUAUCCGACCUGAUAGCUACCCACAUGGCCUCGCGUCCUUCCGACUCCACCGUGGACGGCCUGGUAGCCCACUACAACACUGCCCUAUCCCUCAGUCUCAACUCUCUCUCCCCCAAUAAAACCCGGACUGUUUCCUUCACCCGCCCUGCCCCCUGGUUCACCACCGAACUCCACCACUUGAAGGCCUCUGGUCGCCAGCUGGAGAGGCUCUCCAAAAAAACUGGCCUCACGGUCCACCUCCUGGCCUUUCGUGACCAUGUCAAAACAUAUAAGGAAGCUCUCUCCCACGCCAAGACUCACUACUACUCCCGUCUCAUCGGUGCCCAGCAAAGCAACCCCAGAACACUGUUCUCCACCAUCAACCGCCUACUCCGCCCCCCUGACGCCCCCCAGCCCUCAGGGGCUCCCGAUCUGUGCUCCAAAUUCCUCGACUUCUUCCAGGCGCAAGUCGAGGCCAUCCAUCAGCAGCUCCUGGCGACUGGCCCUCCCCCCCUACCUGCAUCUCAGCCACCUGGUAACGCACCCCCAGCGCCGCGCCUCUCCCACUCCAACCUCUCCUCCUUCUCCCUUGUGGAUGCUCUCCAAGUGGCCAAACUGGUCAGCUCGGCCAAGACCUCCGCCUGCUCCCUGGACCCCAUGCCCACAGCCCUGGUCAAGGACUGCCUACCCACCCUCUGUCCUUACAUGGUGGUCAUCAUCAACGCCUCUCUGGCUCCUGGUAUAGUCCCCACCAGCUUCAAAAUGGCCUCAGUCACCCCCAUACUCAAAAAACCUGGCCUGGACCCCGACGACCUCCAGAACCACCGGCCGAUCUCCAACCUUCCCUUCCUAAGCAAAACUCUGGAAAGAGUGGCCACCGGCCAACUCCAUCUGUACAUGUCCAACCAUGAGCUCUAUGAGCCCUUCCAAUCCGGCUUCAGACAGCAACACAGCACUGAAGCGCCCUCAUCAAGAUCACCAACGAUCUCCUCAUUGCUGCUGACUCUGGCCGCCUCAGCAUCCUCAUCCUCCUGGACCUCUCUGCAGCACCUCCUAGGUGUCACUGGCACAGCGCUGUCCUGGUUCACAUCCUACCUCCAUAACAGGAAACAGUUUGUCUCCAUCAAUGGCUCAAAUUCACCCCCGGCCCCAGUCCACCACGGUGUACCCCAGGGCUCUGUGCUUGGCCCCCUCCUCACCACUCCAUCCUCCCAGCUCCCCCCUCAGUCUCUCAUCAACUGCCUGCAUGACAUCAAAGCAUGGAUGUCUUCCAACUACCUCAAACUAAACAGCAAGAAAACAGAGCUCAUGGUUGUGGCACCCAAAGCGCUGCUCCAGAAGAUGUCUAAAGUUCAGUGCUUGAGAGAGUUUGUCAACGAGAGACUGACUGCUGCUGCUGAAGAAAUAUUAGGAGUUUUUGAAAGAACUAUCGUCGAGUACGAGGAAGAGAUUGAUCGUCAGCGCAGACUGUUGAACAUCUUACCCACAAUAAGGUUACACAGGAUAGAGCUCCCUCAGCAACAUGUCUGUAAGGAGGAGGAGGUUCUCUCUGAGCAGCAGCUCUGUAUUCAGGAGAAAAACUACAGUGUGAACCAAGAGGACCCAGAGCCUCCACAGAUUAAAGAGGAACAAGAGGAGCUGUGCAGCAGUGAGGAGCAGCUUGUACUGAAGCAGGAGACUGAUGACUUUAUGUUGACUCCGACUUAUAUGGAAAGUGAUCACAGUGAAGAUCAGUCCCAGGGUGUUUCUCAAUCGCGAACAAUAAUGUCUGCAGUUCCGAGUUUGAGAGAGUUUGUCAACGAGAGACUGACUGCUGCUGCUGAAGAAAUAUUAGGAGUUUUUGAAAGAACUAUCGUCAAGUACGAGGAAGAGAUUGAUCGUCAGCGCAGACUGUUGAACAUCUUACCCACAAUAAAUGUACACAGGAUAGAGCUCCCUCAGCAACAUGUCUGUAAGGAGGAGGAGGUUCUCUCUGAGCAGCAGCUCUGUAUUCAGGAGAAAAACUACAGUGUGAACCAAGAGGACCCAGAGCCUCCACAGAUUAAAGAGGAACAAGAGGAGCUGUGCAGCAGUGAGGAGCAGCUUGUACUGAAGCAGGAGACUGAUGACUUUAUGUUGACUCCGACUUAUAUGGAAAGGGAUCACAGUGAAGAUCAGACUCUGAACCUGAGCAUCAGUGACACUCAGAGUCAAGGUGAGGAAAAUCCUCCUGGGCAGUUUCCACUUCAAUGCUAUGUACCAUCAGAAGAAGGGAUUGUAUACACAAACAGGGACCACCAGCUCCUCUCUCACAACUCUCCACUAGCUGAGAGCCAAGAUCAGAAAGUUAGCAAGCAUGGAGACUCAGGAUCAACUCACGCAGAGCCAGAAGUAAACCAGAGAGAUAACAUUAUUCAAAGUCAAAGCUACAAUGUUAACAGCACUACUAAGUCAAUAUUUCAUAAAUUAAAAUGUGAGAUGUGUGAAAAAGGUUUUAAGUGCAAGUCUAAAUUGCAGAGUCACAUGAGAAUCCACUCAGGUGAGAAGCCCUAUUCUUGCAAAAUAUGUGGGAAAGACUUCAGACGUAAUAGUCACUUAACCCUCCACCUGAGAAUCCACACAGGUGAGAAGCCGUACCUUUGCAAUACUUGCGGAAAUAGAUUUAGUGACAGUUCAACGCUGAAAAAGCAUUUAAGAAUCCACACAGAUGAGAAGUCGUGUAUUUGCACAACAUGUGGGAGUGCUUUCAGACACAGCAGUGGUUUAUUAAGACACAAUAAAAAAGUCCACACUGGACACACACCUGAGGAUCAAUAUACACAGGAGAAACCAUUGAGCUAAAACUGCUGUGGGAAAAUGUUCACAAACUCCAUUAAUCCACUUUGCAGAAGCGACAUCUCUUUAACCCAAUCAACAAAAGGUUUUAAAUUAAAGAUGUUUAAUACUUUGUUUUAAAUGUUCCCUUCAUUUGACUGUUCUUUUUACUAUAUAUAUUACUUUAAAACUAUUUCCAUAAUCGAGAUAGCUGGCUCUGUCAUUGGCAUCAAACAUUCCUGCCUACUGCCAUAACUCUAUAUUAGGGAUGGGAACGAUUAAUCGAAUAUUCGAAUAUUCUUAUAUUCUUAUGAUCUCUCUCUCGCGUCC